AUUUAAAAUCUUGUCCUCGACUCGGUUGUGUUACGAAAAUUAAGUCUUUCUCGGAGUUGGCCGAAAAUUAAAACGCAGUAAUCGAACUCUGGGCAUUUUAUUCGUAAAGCGCAGUGAAUCAAUAAUAGAAAUCAAGUCAUCAUAAUCAUGUCAUCGCAAGAACAAAUACAUUGUUUUCGAAAUGAAGAUAAAUAAUAGUAGUGUAUAAUGUGUGUAAGACAAAGGCAGAUAAAGCUGUUCUUCCAAUCAUUCCAUGUAGGUAAUGCCGGUAUAGUAGGUCUCCUUCGAUAACGGAAGAGGGACAAUGAGUAGUUAUGCCUCGAAAACUGCUUGAAUUUUGCAUCGCUGCACCACGCUACUCGCGCAUUAUAUACGACUUACGAGUAGUAGUCAUGCCCUAGCGUCAGAGAUCACUAAAUCAGAGUCAGAGCGUCGCUGCGAGUGCAAAAGUGAUCCCGCCGCAGCCAGUUGAUCGCGGGCUCGUGCGAGGAAGACUAGGAAGACUAGGAGCCCGAGACCUCGUAAACGACUGUACACAAGCGAUAUGGAGUUUCCAGCCCGCGCGACUAAAGCGCGAUAAAUAAUUCGUAGUGCGUCGACGACUGCAUCAGCAUAGCCUUCGACUCGACUCUCCUUUCUCGCUCGCAGCUCUCUGUCCUUCUCUCUCUCGGCACAGUGGCAGUCUACUCUCGGUCUCUCGAUCUGCACUCCAUUUGUGCGUGUAUGCACUGCGCGUUGCAGCACUGCUUGUAGCCAUACUCGCAAACAGCAACACAGCUAGAGAUUAUGUGCAGCGACUCGCUCGGAGAGAAGGUAAAUAACGGAUCAGCUGAUGAGUGAUAGCAGACAGCGGAGUAGCAGUAGCAGCAGCGGCGGCGGCGGCGGCGGCGGCGGCGCCGGCAGCAAGGAACUCUGGUGCAGAAGCGCCCAUUGUUUUCUCCGUCCGCGGCGGCAGUGGCAGCGGCAACUGCAGCAACAGCAGCAGCAGCAGCAGCAGGCUACACCCUCCGGCGACUCUACCAUAGGCAGUCCAUGUCGCUCGGGCUAUGGCGACGAGCAGCUCCGACGGAUCCUGCACGGCGCCCGCGGACUUCCAUCUCUCCUCCGAGCUCGACGACGUCAACGAGCGCCUCGGCAUCGACUUGCUCAAAUGCCCGCUCUGCCACAACGGCCGCAGGAACUUCUACUGCAGGCAGUGCGUCCAAAAUGGGGAAUUUGUGCACUCGAUCUCGGUCUACUCGGAGAGGUUUGCGGAUAAGCAGCAGCGACUGAUGCGAUUAAAAGUAGCUCGAAAUCAAUUGGAGGAGAAGUGUACAAAAGCCCUGGAAAAAUAUAAGCAACGUGAUAAACUGAUUUGUGAUAUAAAUGCUUGCAAAGAAAGAGUAAGACUGCUUCGAAACCUUGAGAAUGAAACUAGGCAAAACAUUAGUAAAGGGAAUUCGCGCUUGAAUGUCCUGAAGGAUGUUAAUUCAAAAUUGGUUUCAAAGUUACCAAUACAUGAAGAACAGGUAGAAAAAUUACGUAAACAUGUUAUCGAAUUAAAAGUUAAGCAAGAAAAGCAAAAGGAAUCAGUAGAAAAAAAGAGACAUCAGUUAAAAAAAGUUAUAAGAACAGCUGCAAAACAAUUGAUAAAAUACAUAUUUCCUCUGAGUAAAGUUGAACCUUCAAAGAGUUUAUCUAAUAGUGAAGAUGAUGGAUCCAGCACAGAUAUGGUCACUUGUGCUCUUGCCGAUGCAUCAGGAACAUCAUAUGUUAGGGGUAAAUGGAUUAACGAUACUGAAAAUAGCCUAGAAGUACAUCAUCGCAUAGUUUCUCCUACUUUACCUGGAUCUGGAGAUUAUAGCGCAUAUUCACUUUGGGUUGCACAAAAUAAAGAUUGCGUACCUAGCGGGAACAAGGAGAAUGCGAUACACAAUCCUGCAUACAAUAUUAAUGCAGCCCUCACUUAUGCUACCCAAUUAGUUAAUAUUAUUGCGUAUUACCUCAAUGUGCGACUUCCAUACAAACUUGCUUAUAGUGAAUUUUAUGGGAGUGAAAUGUCUGAUCAAAAAUUUGCCAGAAAAGUAGCGAGGCUAAACAGUAACAUUUUGCAUCUUUGUUUUACCCAGAAUACUGAUACUUCAGUAUUACAUCCAAUGCAUACACUGCAAAACCUUAUGCACUUGCUCAAUACUGAAAUAAGUGAUUUGGGAAGAAUUGGCCCAAUUGAAGUCGAUCCAAAUAUAAUUUUAAAUAUGCACAAUCAAUUAGUUCAAGAUUUGGAAAAUAGUGAUGAUUCUGCUUCUGAUGAAGAAGAAGAUGCCUUCAAUUGGGAAUGGGAAGCGGUUCCGAAUGUAGCUUGUCCAGAAAUGGUUGUUCCUAUUCCAGGUGCAAUGACUAGCCAACAGUCUUCUAGCAUGCAAGUAAAUCAAAGUGUAGCUGGAGGUUUAGUAACAAGCGCAGCGGCCAGUAUUGCUUCUUUAUGGAGGGGUUGGACCACCAACAAAUAGAUUAAAUUUAAGUUUCUUAUAAUACAUAAUUACUGCAGGCAGGAAUACAUAUUUAUUCAAUCUUUUUUCGAUUUUCAUCGAAAGAAUAUUUUUAAAAGUUCAAAAAGAACUAUUACAUAAUUAAAUGUAUAAUUUAUACCUUAGGAACAUUUUUUAUACUGAUUACUAAUUUAAUGAAUAAUUUUUUCUGAUUGCGUUAGAAGAUUUUGUAGAUUAUUUUUAAGUUGUUAGAAUCAUAUCGAUAGUUAUUCAAAGUAAUAAUUUUAUUUUAUUUUUUAUUUGUUUUUCACAGCAAUUUCUAGUUUUAUAAUUUUUUACAGUUUGAAUUUGUAUAAUUUAAAUUGUGAGGUUAACAUUUGACAAUAUAUACAAAAAAGCAUUCAAUUUAAGUGUAAAUCGAUUGGUCUCAUUAGGUUAUCAGAACGUUCAAGUGUCAUGAUAGGUGAAAAUUGCAUAAGUUUAAGUUUAAAGUAAGAAUAGAUAAAUCUUAUCGAGGCGCCUGAAAAAUACGAUGUUUUGUAUUUUGAAUCGAUUCAUCACUUGAAAAAAAAUUUAUAUUAUAUAAAUAAUGCAGUUAGAAUUAUAUGCGUAAUGAAGUACAUAGUGAUUGUAAAUGAAAGUUGUAUGAAAUGGUUUUAUGUACUACGGACGUCCAAAAUUUGUAAGUAUGCAAUGACUGUUGACUGAUUAGAAAAAUGUACAGAAAUUAUGAAUGCAUCAAUCUACAAAGAAAAAAAUUGGUGUUAUUUUUGUACAGAUUAAUAACGUUCUCCACUCGUUUAGUAUUCUAAAGUUUAAUUGACAUAUAUGACAUUCAUCAGUCAAAAUAAAUUGUAAUAAAUGCAGAAUUCUAUAAGUGGAUUUCUGAAAACAGCAUCACACUGUUAUAAGCAUAGUGCACUGGAUCAGAAGUAGUAAUAGAUCGCCUGGACCUUUGUACAAUACAUUUAAAUAAAUAGAAAAAAUAGAGAUUUUGAAUACAAUUUCGUUUAUAAAAGAAGUCUAAUGUGAUAUAAGAUAUAUGAAAUUUCUUCAUCAAAACAACCAAUUUAUCAUAACUUAAAUAAUAAUAACAAUAAUUUUAAUGUUAGUAAUGGUAAUACAUUGAAUUAAAAGUACGACAGUCACAGAAGAAUCAUUAUUAAAGUUAUUUUUCCAGGUAUGAAAGUCUAAAGUGUUUAUAGUAAAAAUACAUAAUAGGUUUAAAGCUUACAAUAAAAAUAUUUUAAAAAUAAUGCUCAUUAAUGUAUGUAUGUAUAUUGGCGGAUUGAGUGCUGGGAACUUUAAAGUACAAAUGUUCAUAACAAAAUGUAGACAAAUAUGGAAUGAGAGUUGUGUAUCAAUUUCAUUGCAUUAAAAUUUUUUUUUGUAAGCUUUUUGAUCUUGUAUGUAUUUAAAAUAGUUGGCGCGAAUGAGAUUCUUAUAAUUAAAUCGUAUUUAUUAUUAUUUCAUGGAUGCAUCAAGAUAUUGAAAAAUAAUUAGUACUGACCAUCCCAAUUAUUUAAAAGAUCGGCACAAUUUCUAAGAUUGACUUCUAAGCCAUGUUGAUGUGUCAUUUGCUCAUAUCAACAGUUUAAUAAUUAAGAUAUUAUAUAUUUGUAAAUAUAUAACUGAAAUUUUGAAAUGAUCAUUGUAGGUAAAUGAGCAUUAAUAAAAUAUAUUGUUACUUAGACUAACUUUAAAUAUAAAGAUGAUUGAAAUGUGCAGUAUGUACAUUAUGCGUAAGGUGGCUAUGUUUUAUUUGAACAAACUUUCAAUGUGAUAUCUCUGACAAACUAAAAUGUUUUUUAAGAACUAAGUUAUUAUGUGUUGUAAUAAAACAUAAUCUACGAAAUAUUUUUAAUAACUUUAUUUUACUUUUACUCCCACUUAUUGCGUCAAAUUAUCUUGACUUACGAUCGUAAGCAAUAGCAUUUUGGUCUAUACCAAUCGACAGUUCGUUACAAAGAGUUUUGGAUAAACAAGUUUAGUAAACGAUAAAUUUUCAUAUCUUAAUUGCAAGUUUUAUGGCGAUAUUUCUUUUGCUAUAGAGAUAUGAUGACGUUAUUAUAGAUACAUUUGAAUAGUUGCACAAUUAAGUUUAUAUGUAAACAUAUGCUUGAGUUCGUAAUCGUUGAAACAGGUAUAAUCAAUAUAAUCAAGUAAAAAGUAACUUUAUAAUGUUCCAUUAACAAGUAGCAAUUUAUUUGGUUUGGCAUACAUACGAACGAGAAAAAUCAAAUAAUUUUUAAUUGUGCUGGCAUAUCAUAGCCGUAGUAUUGUACUUAUUUUUAUGACGUUAUAGUAAAUUGUGUACCAAAGGCGUAAAUUUAAAAAGUCAAAGAUGAGCCGACUGCGCAAGCCAAGACGGGUACUGAAACCACGCAAGCUCAACAAGCGCAACAGCCCUUGGUGUAGACCAUAUUUAUGUAAAAAAAAAAAAAAAA